CUCCAGCAGGCAGCUGUUGCUGUGUGGCAUGCAGUCAGGCAGUGUCCGGGCCUACCCCCUGCAGCCACCUGACUUCCACCUCACAUCCAUGCAGGCCUUCUGGGCCCUCAGCGUCCAUGACAACCAGUAUGGACAGCUGCGCCAGCUGCGCUGUAGCUUUGACGACCAAUUUGUCCUGACGACAGGGGAGGACGGCAACAUCUUCUCCUUCAGCCUACUGCCCCAGGAGGACCUGCUUAAAGCCCUGCAGCGCAGCAAGGCCAAAGUCCCCUCACCACGGGUUGGCGUUGAAAUGGAGGGUGUGGCCCAGGAUAUCGAAGACCCGUCGGCAUACAGCAUUGAGACUGCUAAGCAGAAGUUGGAAAUGGACCGUAUGCGUCGGGAGGCUGAGAUGAGGAAGGUGGAGAGACGUAAGAUGCUGGCCGAGCUGCAGAACCAGUUCAAACAGCUACUGGAGAAGAACCAGGGUCUGCCCGAACACGUCCGCUUGCACCGCACGGAGUUGGAGCUGGACUGGCGGUUCCGUGAGGAGACUGAGAGGAUGACGGCCCAGAGGGUGAGAGAGGCCAGGAAGGAGCUGGCCUGGGAGGAGGAACGCCACCGCAUCGGACUCCAGAAACUACAGGAGAGGUUCUGGGAUUCUCUUGAGUCGGACACAGUUACUGUGGUAGCAUUCCAGAGUGACCACAGGAUCUCCACCUAUCGUCUGCUGGCACUGUCCCAGAGGUUCCACGAGCUGAAACAGAGGGGAAGGGUGGGGGGCCCGGGGACAGUGGGGCAGGAACGUUGGAGGAACAAAGCCGAUGCCGGCAAAGACAGUUCCAACAUCACAGCGGACCAGGAGGACCUGGGUGAGGAGGCUGUUAUGGCGCCCCAUGUGGUGCGUCCAGGGGGCAGCAAGCUGGCUGGCCGCCAGGCAGAGAAACUCCGCAAGGCUACGGAGAAGGCAGAGCGGGCCCGGGUUAAGAUAGAGAAGAGGAGGAAAGAGUGGGCUGAACUGUAUGCCACAAAGCCUAAUGAGAACUGUGAGGAUCCGGAAGAUGUGCGAGCCAUCCGAUUGGCUACGGAGAACAUGGGUGACUUCAAGCUGAAGACUGCCAAAGACUUUACGGUCCCAGAACACCUGAGGAUGAACGCAGAGAAGAAGAGAGCUCAGCUGGUCCACUUAGAGGAGAAG